GUCAUUUACAGUGUCAUGUAAGGCAGAAUUUCGCUUGACUGGCAAGAACCAUGUUUUCCUCAUAAAUCCACCCUCGUUCCUUCCUCAAAGCUCACAAAAGAAAGGACCUCCCCAGGAAAAGAAGAUUAACACCAAUCCUUUCCUCUCCAACACCCUGAAACACUGCUGGAGUCAGGAAAAAUGGGAGGUGAAAUUUGUGGAAGAACGGGAAGCGGGUCCUGCGCGGGGCUCAGGAAUUCAUGGAGGAACAUGGAGAGGCGCCUCAACGAAGCCGUCUCGAGGAGCCGGGUCGGCAAGUACUUCAAGCUCGAGGCGAGGAAGAGCUGCUUCACGACGGAGCUCCGCGCGGGCACGGCCACUUUCCUCACCAUGGCUUACAUCAUCUCGGUGAACGCCACCAUCAUCACCGACUCGGGUGGGACGUGCUCCGCCGCGGACUGCACCGUCCCCGGGAGCCCCGGCUGCACGCUGAAGCCCGACCUGGGCUACGAGAACUGCCUCGGCCGGACCAAGAGGGACCUGGUCGUCGCCACCAUCUUGUCGGGCAUGAUCGGUUCGUUUGCCAUGGGGAUACUGGCCAACCUCCCCCUGGGGCUCGCCCCAGCGAUGGGCCAAAACGCCUACUUGGCCUACAACUUGGUGGGUUACCAUGGCUCCGGGCCCCUCUCGUACCAGACCGCCCUCGCCGUGAUCCUUGUCGAGGGCGGCGCCUUCCUCGCCAUAUCCGCCCUCGGGCUCCGGGCCAAGCUCGCGAGGUUCAUACCCCAUCCGGUUCGGCUGGCUUGCGCGGCCGGCAUUGGCCUUUUCAUCGCGUUCGUGGGCUUGCAAGUGCACCAGGGCUUGGGCCUCGUUGGGCCUGACCCGAACACACUCGUGACCGUCACGGCCUGUGCGACAACAAAUCCGGCGACCGGCGAGUGCUUGGGCGGCACGAUGAGGAGCCCAACGUUUUGGCUGGGCUCAGUUGGGUUCUUCGUAAUUUCUUUUGGGCUGAUGAAAAAUGUCAAAGGCAGCAUCAUUUGUGGCAUUGUUCUUGUGACAGUCAUUUCCUGGUUUAGAGGCACUGCCGUUACAUAUUUCCCGUCCACCCCGCUGGGUGAUGAAAGAUUCAAUUAUUUCAAGGAAGUAGUCGAUUUUCAUAAGAUUAAGUCCACGGCCGGCGCCUUUAGCUUUGCGAAUUUCAACCGGACCGAGGUCUGGGUGGCUCUCGUGACGCUACUAUACGUUGACAUCCUCGGCGUCACCGCAAUAUUGUACACCAUGGCCGAGCUCGGGGGCUUCACCGAUGAUCGGGGCAGGUUCGAGGGGGAGUACAUGGCGUACAUGGUGGAUGCUGGCUCCACCAUGGUGGGGUCAGCCCUAGGGGUCUCGACCACUGGGACGUUUGUGGAGUCCUCAGCGGGGAUGAGGGAAGGGGGUCGGACCGGGCUGACGGCAGUGGUCGUCGGGCUCUACUUCUUCGCAUCGCUGUUCUUCACGCCCUUGCUGAGCAGCGUCCCUCCAUGGGCCAUAGGCCCGUCGCUGGUCAUGGUCGGAGCGUUGAUGAUGAAGGUGGUGAGGGACAUCAAUUGGGAGAAUCUGAAGGAGGGAGUGCCUGCAUUCGUGACCAUCCUUCUCAUGCCCCUGACUUACUCGAUAGCCAACGGGAUCAUCGGCGGGAUCGGGGUCUACGUUGCUCUGAGCUUGUACGACAUCGUGAAGGGGCGCGUCCUGUGGCUGAUGAAGAUGAGGAAGGUGGUGGCCAAGGAGCAGAAUCAAGUGUCAGCUUCAGCCAGCGCCGAAGCAGAGGCCCCGGCCGAAGCCGCCCGUGAAAUUGUUUGAAUCUGUAAAGACGUUUUCUGUGGAGCGCCUGUUCAAUGGUGAAGGUAGCGACGGCGCUGGAUGUGGGAUUAGAUGCACGAGUUGCCAUGAGAGAGCGCUGAAGAAAAAGCUAAGUCGUGCGCACACACAAAAGGGCUUGGCCUCUUGACAAUGUCACCGAUUUUCAAGGCAACUCUUGCAUGUAUUCAAACUUGUUUUUAGUUCGUCAAUUAUUGUCUCUAGCCGUUUGUAAUUUUCAGUUGGUUGCUUGAUCAGUACAUUCUACAUUUCGACAUUA